CUUCAAGAACGUCGAGAGCGUCGGCAAGGACCCCUUAACGUGUCUCGAACGGUAGACGUAGGUGGAGGAAAUCAUGGACGCUGGGAUGGUGCACCAAAACUCGAUGGUCGAGCGCAGUCUUUCGCACGAAUGUGGCACACCGAGUUUCCACCCCAACGACAACAACAUUCCCAUCGAUCCGGCCCUGGGGGGAAUGCCCAUUGACCCUGAGCCGCAAGAAGAGCUUCCAGAAGUGCAUCUUCCUGAGGAAAUCGAAGAAGACGCCGAACCAAGCUCUCCCGCACAAGAACAGCCGCAUUUGUACCAAGACCACUACUCGCAGGUUCCACAUGGAGAUCCGUUUGCGCCUGAGCCAGAAUAUCGCCCUCAACCAAUGUUGGUUGACAAUGCGACACCCUCGCCCUUGCCACCGUCGAAUAUGAAACAAUCAGCCAAGCGCAAGCGACCACAAUGCAUUUCCUGCAAAAGUGCUUCGAAGGGCAGAGGCGGCGUGGACAAAAUGAUCACCUGCCCGGACUGCGAGCGCACAUGUACGCUGGGGUCUCAGUACUCCGAACCCUCACAUUUCUCACGUCUUCGCAGCACAUAUCGCUUGCUUGAAUCUCCCCCUAUUGCUGCGGAAGCGAUUCAAACAUAUGACUGGAUUUGCACGGACUGUAAACGCUGCGAGGAGUGUAACACGAAAGGGGACGAGGAUCAAAUCCUUUUCUGCGACUCUUGUGAUCGAGGGUUUCAUAUGUACUGCCUGAAUCCGCCCAUGGAGACCACACCUGCAGACAACUGGUAUUGUCCACGGUGUCCCCACGCCUCUACAUCGGAACGUGCCAACUCAAUCGCAUCAUCCUCCCGCUUGCCAGCCACUCCGACGACCCCCAAACGAAAGCGCAAGUCUAAAGCUCCAGUCGCAAUGGCAGAGGAGGAUGUCGACGCCGAGGGUGAAGCGGAGUAUGCAGACGGGGAACAAGGCGAUGAGAUGAUCGUUGAUGGGCCUGUGGCCGCUUUUCGUCCUCGGCAACGGGCCAAAGCCAAGAAGAGGGCGAGCGAACCCGGCUCAGUGACAAAGUCUGUAAAGCGCAUCCGCGUGCGGGCACCAACUCAACCUGAUGAGCCACUGUCAUCGGGACCCACAGUAAGGUUGCGACUGCCCAAAGGCAGGCGAGAAGAGGAAGAGGAAGAGAUGGCCGCGGGUCCAUUCGUCGAGAUUUUGUUACCCGAGGAACGAGAUACGUCCAAAACUUCCAUAUUGGCUUCAGAUAAGCAAAGAUUCGAGAGGAGCCGUGCCGUCGCAGAGGUCAAGCUGAAGCCAGCUCCAACUCCAAUACACCCUUCUGACACCGAUGAUCUCUCUUAUCGACCCCUUCGUUCUGCCUUUGCACCUCCGCCCCAAACGACACUCCCCUCUCCGUCAGCAUCUCCAGCUCCAUCGUCAGCCUCAGCGCUGGGCCACCCUCAUGGCGGGAUGAAUCGUAUCAAGACGAUACGGUUCGGUCAGUUUGAUAUCGACACGUGGUAUAACGCACCGUUCCCUGAAGAGUAUUCGAACAUUCCCGAUGGUCGGCUGUGGAUAUGCGAGUUUUGCCUGAAAUAUAUGAAGAGUCGGUUCGUUGCCAACAGACAUCGGACGAAGUGCAAAGCAAGAAGUCCGCCGGGUGACGAAAUAUACCGGGACAACUCGGUUUCGAUCUUUGAAGUUGAUGGGCGAAAGAACAAGAUCUACUGCCAAAACCUGUGUCUGCUGUCCAAAAUGUUUCUGGAUCACAAAUCUCUGUUCUAUGACGUGGAGCCGUUUCUGUUCUACGUGAUCACCGAGGUGGAUGAUUGCGGUGCGCGCUUUGUCGGAUAUUUCAGCAAGGAGAAGCGGUGUACCAAGGAUUACAACGUCAGUUGUAUCAUGACGCUUCCUGUCAGGCAGCGGUCCGGCUGGGGCAACAUGCUCAUCGACUUCAGCUACUUGUUGUCCAAGAAAGAGAAACGGAUGGGCUCGCCUGAGAAGCCGCUGUCAGGAUUGGGCGCCCUAGGGUACAAGAGCUACUGGACGCUAGCGCUGAUGCGUUAUCUUGUGACGGCCCCGGCCCAUCCUCGGAUCGAAGACAUCUGCUAUUCGACCUCAAUGACCAUAGAGGAUGUAUACACAACAUUGGUCCAGCAGCGAAUGAUCACGGUUAAAGAAGUGGCAGUCAUACAGGUGAAACCUUCACCCGGCCAAUCAAUCAAAUACCCCAAGGGCCGGAAGAACGGAGUGGCACGGAGACAUCUGCAACGAAUGCAGACGGCGGACAAGACCAAGGCAGUUGACAAGGACACGACCGAUUUCGUACCUCCGACAGAUUACGACAUCGACUGGGACCCGGAAACGGUCAAGACGUAUCUGCAGAACUGGCAAGACAAGCAUUACCUCCAGCUGAACCCGCAAAAGCUGCAAUGGUCGCCAUACAUCUCUCCCAAUAUCCCUGGCAACGAGCCUUCUUCCACUGCAGACAUUGGCUCUUUGAUGACGACGGAGAAGAUGUGUGCUCUCGGCCUCUUGGAUAUGAAUGCAUCACGUCCUCCCAUUAUGGGCACACCCAAGUUCGCUGCGCGGCGCAGCGUGUCCCCUGUUGUAGAAGAAGCGCUGCCGGUCCAAUCACCCGCACACGAAACCCCGCGGGCACUGCGAAGCACUCGUUCCAGGGCCUCCAACCCGCACACCCCGAUCACGCCAGCACUGCGGAGUUCUCGGAAAGGCAAACAGCGGCAGAUCCGGACGCCGGACUCGGAGGAUGAUACGCGUCGGCCCAGAUCAAAAGCGGCGCCAGGCCUGCUCCAGCGCACGUCCUUUGCACGCAGCUCGACCAGAAAGUCCAGUCGGGUCGAGUCGUCUCCCGACGACGAAGGAAGCUCUGCGUCGGGUCCUCUGGCGACACCGACCCCGACCGACGACGGCAUGUGUCUGCCCAACGGCUCGAUCUGCGCGAAAUUGGAGGAGGAAGAUCCCGAAAGCGACGAGACGGUCGUUGGUCUACGAGUCGGGGCUAUGCCAGAUCCCAAUCCGAAAUCAAACGGUGUCAAUGGAGCGCUCGCGUUUCUCAACGCUGCCUGGGACGCAGACGAGAAGAUGGUGGUCGACGAGCCCGAUAUUGAUGCAGAAGGAGAGGAGGAGGAUGUCGAGAUGCCCGUCGCUUAGUUUUUGUGGUUAUUGUAUGUAAUGUACAUAUUUUUGUAGGCAGAUAGGUCGCUCGAUGAGACCGGAACUUUC